AUGUCGAAUGAUAAAGGAUCAUUGGAAUGUCUUCCAAUUUAUUCAUUCCUCUUUCCGAAUGAAAAAGGUUCUAGCUUAUAUAAUGCUUAUGACCGAAAUGAGGUAGAAGAUAAAUUAGUUAUCAAAAUCGACCAAGAUGGUGAUUAUGCUCCCAAAUUUUCUGUUGCAGAUGAUAUUUCAGAAGUAUAUGGCCUAUCCGGGAUUCAUGAAUGUAUUAAUGACCAAAAACCUUUAAGAGCCGUGAUUGAUAUAGAUGCUUCACAAGAAGAUAUGAAAAUAACUAAUGUUAAGACGCAAGAAGUAUUCUUUCGAAUCUGCUUAUCUUUUAUAAGAGCCUUGUAUCGAAUUCUUGAUUGUAGCUGGAAGGAUAUUCUCAAUGGUUUAGUAAUCGCUACAUCAUCGGACUCUAGCAAGUGUAGCUACCAUAUUUUAUACGCACCAGCUCUUCUUAUUGAUCAUCACGAACUCAAAGCAUUUACUGAAUUAGUAUAUACUAUAACUGGGGAAAAAUUUGGCAAGUUUAUUGAUCGAAAAUUACCUGGUCAAACUUUUAACCUUCGUCUUAUUGGUUCAGCAAAAAAAAGUCGCAUAAAGCGUAUUCUUCAAUUCUUUCUAGAUAAUGGCUGGAAUGAACUCGAUCAUGUUAGGGUUCAACCGCCUCCUAGUUUGGGACUUGAAGUAAGACCUCAGAUGCUUAGUGAAGAAAAAAAUAAUAAUCCAUUAAAAAUAAUCAUAGGUCAGGAUGAAUUGCAAAAAUAUGCGAAACUUGUUUUGCAAAAGCAUUCUAACUAUCUUAGAGAUUGGACUAUCGAAGAAAAGGAAGAAAUGAAGGAAAACUUCGUAUAUUUCAACCGGAAAGCUCUACUAGAAUGUCCACUCUGCAAAUGUAUACAUGACAAGGAUCAGCAGUGGUUCGGCCGUGUAUGCGCUAGCAAUGGGAGGUUCAUCGUAAAAUGCUUUCGGCAGAAUAGUGAUGAACCAGAGGAAAUUUUUGAAUGUGACCCAUCUAUUGCAGAAAAAAUUCGGCAAGAAAAUAAAAAAUCUCUGCAAUCCUUUCACAAGGUCAAGUAUGAUGAUCCCCUUACAGCUACAGAAAUAUAUGAGGAGAGAUAUGUAAGAUCAUUACCUAAUGAAGGCGAUAUUUAUGUGGGAUCACCUUGGGAGACAGGAAAAACAUAUAUUCUAGAGCAUCUUACUAUAUCUGAUGAC